AACACAUCACAUCUUCAAGAAGAAGACAAGAGGAGGAAAAUAAAACACAUGACAGUAGAAACUACUGUGAGCUUAUACUUUAUCUCUAAACCUUCAGAGUCUGUCAGUAUGUGGUCCGAGCAGUUGGGCUAAUCUUCUAUACUAAUGCAGCUUCAUUCACAUGAACGGGCUCAGGAUGUGGACUCGCUCUGUACAGCCGCUCCUCUGGAGGUCCAAGGUCCUCAGAGCUGCUCUGACACUCAGCUCCAGAUCUCACGGCUCCUGUGGAGGGGUUUCAGGGAAGUCAUGGAUCAGACCCUCUGGAUAUGACACAGGGUUAAAGACUUUUAACAGCCUGACCAAACAGAAAGAGCCUCUUAUCCUGUCCAGAGAAGGAGUAGCUACAUGGUACAGAUCACUGGAAUAAACCUGUUCAAUAUACAGCAUGUCUUCGUACUAACCUCUGUGCUUUCAUUUAAGGUAUAGCUGUGGACCCACUGUGUACGACCAGGCCCACUUGGGACAUGCAUGGUAAACCCUCAAUCUUCAUGCACAGGCUAAAUACAUUUAUAAAUUUAUGGUUACAGAUGGUACAAAGCAUGCAGGGAACAGAUUUUGUGUUCAUUUGGAGCCCCUGAAGUCCAAGUUUCUGUUAAUUUGUUAGUUUGCCAAUAUUAAAAACCUUUAAAUAAGUCUGAGGUGAACAUCUGUGUUUGUUGGUGUCACAGCUCGUAUGUCAGGUUUGACAUCCUGCAGAGAAUCCUCUCCAGGCUCUUUGGAGUCACAGUAAUUCAUGCCAUGGUCAUCACCGACAUCGACGACAAAAUCAUCAAAAAGAGCUGGGAGGUAAAACCACAGCCGCUUUAUGAUCAGUAUUAAGGAUCAUUGUCUUUGAACUCCAGUUUAACUGAUGAAUUUCUCCUUUCUUUAAAAGGAAGGUGUUUCCCCCUCAGUCAUUUCCUCCAUGUACGAGGAUGAAUUUAAAAAAGACAUGCUGGCUUUAAAGGUGUGUAACUAUUUUUUUAUUUUUUUAUUCAGGAGAGAUAAGAUUUGAUUUGUUGAAAAUCCUGCUGAUUAUUCAUAAUCACUGUGCUAAAUAAAGAUAGCAUGCAAAUUCCAGGACCACUCUUACUGACCUUAUUCGCCUACAUGCAGCUGUCAAAUCCACCCAAACCUACUUUACCCUCUAUCACUAUUGCUGGGUGAAAAUCACCCGAACAUGCGCCUGUAGGAAAAAGCAGGUUUUAGAUCAGGGCAACAAAUAUGCCUUCAAAGAUGUUAAAGGAAAUACUGAAACUACCCAGGGACCCAUGAUACUCAGACAAACGCAACUUAAUGAAAAUCAUGUAAACAUGUUUGGUUUGGUGAAAAUCACCCGGUGAUAGUGUUCUAGGGUUAAAUAAUUGUUUCAUAUUAUUAAUGAGAUAAAAUGUGAAAACUAACCUGCCUUUGUGCUCUUUUGUCAUUUUUGAGGUGAUUCCUCCUGCAGUGUAUUUAAGAGUCACUGAAAACGUGCAUCAUAUCGUGGCAUUUAUUGAGCAGAUCAUUAAAAAUGGACAUGCCUAUUCCACAAAGGAAGGUGAGGAUUUAAGAUAAAGAUGCUUCAUGUUUUUCUGUCUGUUCCUGAGGUAACACUUUAUUCUGUUACAGGUGAUGUUUUUUUUGACAUCCAGUCCAUUGGUGAUCGUUACGGCAGGUUUGGAGGUGCUGGAGACUCGCAGGGAGAACCUGGUGAGUGUUUCUGUCGUCUGAAUCGUUUAAGGUUUAUAUUUGGAUGAUGAAGAGAUAUAUAGUUUCUGUCCAAGCUUCAAGUAUCUUUAGCUCAUGUUUUAUCUCGAAAACCAGGCAAUACCAAUAAAAGGGACUUAAGGGAUUUUGCACUUUGGAAGCCGUCCAAACCUCAGGAACCGUUCUGGGAAUCACCGUGGGGCAGAGGAAGGCCUGGCUGGCAUAUUGAGUGCUCGACCAUCGCCAGGUUAGAAUUCAGUAUAAUCAUGAGUGCAACUCUGUGAAAAAACAUAAAAGUCACAGCAAAUAAAAAAAAUUAAAAUCUGAACACAAAACUAAAGCAAAAGGGAUCAUUACCUAAACAGUGAAACUUUUUUAUUUCUCUACAAACAGGACUGGAACCUGUCACUUCAUGAGAAAUAAUAAUAAGGCGUUGGUCUGUGUGUUUAUUUUAGCGCGGUGUUUGGGAGUCAGCUGGAUAUCCACUCAGGAGGGAUCGAUCUUGCCUUUCCUCACCACGAGAAUGAGGUCGCUCAGAGCGAAGCCUACCAUCAGUGCGAACAGUGGGCUAACUACUUCCUCCACUCAGGUUCAGAUCAAAUCCAGGCCUGUUUUUACUUAUUCUAAACUUCGAACGGUGAAACUGAGACCCACCAAAAACAAAGAACCAGGAAACCUGUGCAAAACUUAGGAUCCACAGUGAAAUAAGACUCAGACGAAACAGAUGAACGAUGAGACUCAACUUUAUCAUCCUGAGAAAUAAAUGAGCUGCUUCACUGAAGAAUGUAAUAAACCAAGAAAUAACUGCAUUUAAUUUCUUUUAACAUUGUCAUUUCUUGAUGCAUUAUAUCCUCUCGAGGCUUGUCUGUUCUUGUGUUUCUGGUGAGUUUCAGUUUCACUGCAAACAGUAACACAGAGGGUUCACUCUGCAGGAUAAAGAAUGAACAACAUUGUUUUUUGUGGCGUACAGUGGAUAUAAAAAGUCUACACACCCCUGUUUAACUGCCAGGUUUAAGUGAUGUAAGAAAAUGACAGCAAGAUAAAUAUUUUCACAACUUUUUCCACCUUUAAUGUGACCUAUAACCUGUACAAUGCAAUUGGAAAAACAAACUGAAACCUUUAAGGGGAAAAAAGUAGAAAAGUUAAAAUAACCUGGUUGCAUAAAUAUGCACACCCUUAAACUAAUACGUUGUUGCAGCACCUUUGGCUUUUAUUACAGCACUCAGUCUUUUUGGGUAGGAGUCUAUCAGCGUGGCACAUCUUGAUGUGGAAAUAUUUGCCCACUCUUCUUUGCAAAACCGCUCCAAAUCUGACAGACUGUGAGGGCAUCUCCUGUGCACAGCCCUCUUCAGAUCGCCCCACAAAUGUUUGAUGGGAUUCAGGUCUGGACUCUGGCUGGGCCAUUCCAAAGUCUCAAUCUUAUUCCGGUGAAGCCAUUCUUUUGUUGAUUUAGAUGUGUGCUUUGGGUCACUGUCGUGCUGAAAGAUGAAGUUCCUCUUCAUCUUCAUCUUUCUAGCAGAAGGCUGAAGGUUUUGUGCCAACACUGACUGGUAUUUGGAACUGUUCACAAUUCCCUCCACCCUGACUAAGGCACCAGUUCCAGCUGAAGAAAAACAGCCCCAAAGCAUGAUGCUGCCACCACCAUGCUUCACUGUGGGUAUGGUGUUCUUUUGGUGAUGAGCAGUGUUGAUUUUGUGCAAAAUAUACCUUUUGCAAUGAUGCCCAAAAAGUUCAACUUUGGUUUCAUCAGACAAUAACACAUUUUCCCACAUGCGUUUGGAAGAUCUCAGAUGUCUUUUUGCAAAAUUAAGACGGGCUUUGAUGUUUUUCUUUGUUAGAUAAAGCUUCCAUCUUGCCACCCUACCCCAUAGCCCAGACAUAUGAAGACAGCGGGAGAUUGUUGUCUCAUGUACUACACAGCCAGUACUUGCCAGAAAUUCCUGCAGCUCCUUCAGUGUUGCUGUCGGCCUCUUGGUAGCCUCCCUGACCAGUUUUCUUCUUGUCUUCUCAUCAAUUUUGGACAGACGUCCUGUUCUUGGUAGUGUCAGUGUUGUGCCAUAUUUUCUCCACUUGAUGAUGACGGUCUUUACUGUGUUCCAUGGUAUAUUUAAUUGGUUGAAAAUUCUUUUGUAGCCUCACCUGACUGAUAUCUUUGAAUAAUAAGAUCCCUCUGAUGCUUUGGAAGCUCUCUGUGGACCAUGGCUUGUGCUGGAAGAUGUGGCUACAAAAAUGUCAGGAAAAGCAACUAGAACAGCUGAACCUAAUUUGGGGUUGUUCAGAGGCACUUUAAUUGGUGACAGGUGUGUGCUGACUCCAAUUUAACCUGAGUUUGAAUGUUAUUGGUUAAAUCUGAACACAGCCACAUCCCCAGUUAUUAAAGGGUGUGCACACUUAUGCAACCACAUGAUCUCAGUUGUUUAUUUUUACUUCACCUCCCUGAGAGAUUUCUGUUUGUUUUUCAAUUGUGUUGUACAGGUUGUAGGUCACAUUAAAGGUGGAAGAAGUUGUGAAAUUAUUUAUCUUGAUUAAAUUUUUUUACAUGACAAAAACCUGGCAGUUGAACAGGGGUGUGUAGAAUUUUUAUAUCCACUGGACCUGCAGUUUAAGUGGACGUCCUUAAGGGUAGACUGUAAACAUGUUAACUUUAUCUCUUUUGUUGGUUCAGGACAUUUACACCUCAAAGGCAGCGCAGAGAAAAUGUCCAAGUCUCUGAAGAAUUAUAUCACAAUCAAGGUAACGUCUGUUUAAUUCUUUGUACAAACAGUUCGGAGUCAGAUUCUCAUAUUUGCAUGUGAAGUUUGUGUAAAUCAUGGUUGUGCCUCCUUUGUCUUGGGUCAGGAUUUCCUGCAGUCGUACACAGCCAACGAGUUCCGGAUGUUUUGUCUGGCGAGCAAAUACAGAUCAGGUUGGAAACACCUUUCCCUGUCUCAGGCAGUGUUUAUCAUGUAAAGAAACAAGCGUAUUGAUGAUCCUCUGUGGGGUCUCUGCAGCGAUUGACUACAGUGACAGCAGCAUGUCAGAAGCUCGCUCCUCUCUGGGAACCAUCUCCUCCUUCAUCCACGAUGCUCAAGCCUACAUGAGGGGUCAGCUGCAGUGCUCACCUGUGCAGGAGACUCUACUCUGGGAGAGGUUUGAACUCUUUAAUUCUUCCAGUAAUGAUUUUUCUCAUUAAGUUUCUGCUAUUUGAAAGGUUUUGGUUUUCUUCAGGUUGGCUGAGACUAAAUCCAGCGUGCUCAAAUCUCUGGCAGAUGACUUUGACACUCCCAGAGUCGUCGCUGCUGUGAUGAACCUGGUUUAUCAGGGAAACUGCCAACUGCAGCCCGUCUCAAAGGCAGGUUAUUUUGUUUUACUGAACCUGAAUCUGCAGAUAGAAAUCACCUUCAUCGUUUUUGUUCUUAUUUCUCAUAAUUUGACCUCGUGCUCCUAAAAUGAUCGUCUUUAGUGCACUCUGUUUGCCUCUGUUCAGUCUGGUGGAGUCGUUCGGAGCCCUGCGGUGUUCGCAGCGAUUAUCAGCUACAUCAGAGAUCUCCUGGAUGUGUUUGGGAUCGACCUGCAGCACAGCAAGGUCAGAGACACACAUGUCAGAGUUAUUUUAGUUUUAGAACACAGCUUUUCAACAGCAGGUCCAAGUGAGAUUGAAAGAGGCUAAAAAACACCUCCUCACCUCUGUUGCGCUGUCCUAACCUGCAGGACUCCGACAGCGGGAGGAGCAGUGCCAGUCUGGAGGCCGUCGUUGAACAGCUGACUCGGUUCAGGAAUGAAGUUCGAACUUAUGCACUCACUCGUCAGGAUGCUCCACCUACAGGAUCCUCCAAAAAACCAGGACUCUACCCAGAGAGGCUCCCUCUCCUCAAAGCAUGUGACACCCUCAGGACUGACCUGGCUCCUCUGGGAGUGCUGAUAAAGGUGAUGAAGAACCUUUUUAUUAGAGGAAAACCUGUUUGGAAAGUGAAUCCAAGUUUAUAAGAGGUUGUUUUUUGUUGUUUCAGGACCGAGGAGCCACAUCGACGUGGGAGAUAACUGAGGGGAAACAAAUUCAGAGAGGCGAGGAUGAAGACCAGAAGACGUCCAGUUGAAAUCCACCUCUGCCUUUAUAUAAAAAAAGACUUUUUAAUUUCAGCUCCUGGACGAAAUUAAAUGAAAGAUCACAGGACCAACAGAGAAACCGCCUGAUGUGCCAGAACUCUUUCUUUGCUGGAAUCAGAGGAUGAACUUCAAAAUAAAAGCGUCUAAUAUAUUUGAUUGUAGUUUUAACUGAAUUAUUUUCACUGUGCUGUAAAUAUUUUGGUGUUUAAGAUCAAACAAUUUUUCAUGUCAUUAAAGGCUGACUUGAAAAAAAUCUGGUCUUUAAGUAAAAUCAUUCAUGAGCUGGCAUCUUCCUCUGCCUCCCAUCAGGCCUGGGGCUGAUCCUGCAGGAUUUUAAAAGUUGUUUAAAAAAAGUUUUGAAUGUCCUUUUAGCAGCAGCUCUUUAUUUUUUUGGACAAUCUCAAUAAAAACUGAACAUUGAGAAGCUUCCUCAUGAGUUUAUUUUGUGUUUGGCAACUCUGAAGAUACAAGGGGACCAAGAUCUGGAGAAAACAACCAGUACUGACUUAUUUAAUCAAAAUAAGGUCAAUAAAAUGCAGUUAUGCACGUCCAAUUGAGGGCUUAGAUAAUUUUGCUCGGCUCAAGGCAGAAAGAGGUUCAAGUGCUUCUACCAAGUCUGAUUAUUUUAGAGUCAGAUAAACCAGAAAGUCACUUCAACCUCCAGAAUGACACUAGGCUCACCAGAAGUCCUGAUACAGAUAAAUACAAAAACUCUAAGUUACAACAUGAACUCGUCAAACCCUCUUAGCCAAGAGGACAAGGGGGCCUGACAUUAUUAGUCCAGAUGAGACCAAACAGAUUUAAAUCCAGAUCACUGCAGGGUCAGAGGUCAAAGUGUCUCUAGAGCACAUGUAGAGGUGAAAACCUCAGCAGCAGUCCUGCUUCUGUCAGUGUGUUCCUCCGCUAAGCUGUGCUGCGGCUCUCCGGCUGCAGGUUGAUCAGAGAGUUGCUGGCCUGAGCGAGCUCCGUGAUGGACACUCGUCCUCUCUGUCGGAUGAAACGAGCCACAGAGUCGAGUUCCUCGGGAGUGAUGGAGAUGAACUUUCCUCUGUCGUCGAUCACGCCUGCACAGAAAAUAAACAGAGAAAUAUUGACCUUAUAGUGACAGUAAACAUAUAUGGUUCAUUCUCAAAGUCUCAUAUUAACUUUCCGUCUGCUGAGAGAAACAUUCAGCUAAAUACAGCAGACGCUUGUUGAGACGUUUGACCAUCAACCGUAUUUUGAUCGUCCAAAGUCAGAGAUGCUUCACACACACACACACACACACACACACACACACACACACACACACACACACACACACACACAGGAACAUUGAUUCUUUCAAACCUGUGAGGGACCCCUCAGCCAGCAGGUCCUGCAGUCUGCUGAUGGCAUCCUGAGUCCUCAUCCCGAAGUGAGACGCCAGAUCCUCCAAGAGAACCACCUUAGAGCUCUGCGAGCGAGAAGACAGCUUUAAUUUUAACUUGACUUAAUUUUGGAAUAUUUUAUCACAGAUCAAAUGAAUCAGUUCUUACCUGGAUGUAGUCGAUGAAUUCUUGCAGCAGGUUACGAGACUGAAAGGAAAACGACACAAAUGUCAGAAAUAAAUGCAGAUUUUAAAAAACGCAGAUGUUUGAUCUCUGCAGAGAUCACACCUGGUCUUCAGUGAGCUUCUCUUCCUCCCCCUGCUCUUCUAUGACAAAGGAGGCUUUCAGUUUCAGGUACUCCUCCUCUUCACGUCUCUCCUGUUCUUCUUUAGCCCGUCGCUCCUCCUCCUCCUAAAAAUAAACACGGUCACACAGAUUAAUCACCUCCUUCUCUUCCUGCUGUGAACUGAAGAAAACUGAAAGAAAAUAGCAGGUGUGCAGCGUUAGUGACCUGUUUCUGCUCCUGGAGCCGCUCCCGCUCCUCCUCCUGGUGCCGCUCCUGCUCUCUGAGCUCUUGCAUCCUCCUCCUCUCCUCCCUCUCCUCCAUCUCUGCCUGAAAUCACACACAAAAAAAAUAAAUCCAGAUAGUAAAACACAGUUUUUUUGCUUCGCAGUUGAGCUGAUUGAUAACUUAAGAGACAUUUUUACAUAAAACUGUGAGGAAAUUUGGUUUUUAGCCUCAAAUAAGAACUUUUUAUCUUUUCCUAUGAAACAUUCAGAGUUUCUUGGUGACUUAGACUUCCAAAAUUAGAUGGCAGAGGAUUUUAGUUUUUAUCAAGAGACAGGCUUCCUACAGAGUUGGAAUUUCCAUACUUUUCCAUACCUUACUUUUUAGAAUUAUUUUUGGAAAUACCUACUUUUCCAUUUUAGAAAACAGCGUUUGAGAACUGUGGUAAUAGUCUGGAAACAUAAAUAUUUCUCCAUGCUUUAUUUUUCAUUUUUCCUACUUUUUAAGAUCUGGAAAUUGAUCAAAUUUAUUUCCAUACUUUUCCAUACCUGCGUAGGAACUAGGGCUGGGCCGAUUUAAUCGGCGAGCCGAUUAAAUCGGCCAGUUUUAGCCCGUUUGAGACUAAUCAGCAACCAGCCAAAACUCGCUGAUUUUUGCCGAUAUUUUCAGAAAUACUUAGUAGUAGUUGAAAACGCUUCUCUGGUCUGAGUUUGAUCAGUCGGUCUUCCUGUUGGCGUGAAGAGCAGUAGCCUACAGUAUAUACGAUACUGUAAAUAUGUACAUAUUUAAACUUCAUAAAAAAUUUUUAAAAAUCGGCCAAUUAAUCAGUAAUCGGAUUUUUUUCUCCCAUAAUAAUUGAUAUCUGCAUCGGCCCCAAAAAAUCCAUAUUGGUCAGGCCCUAGUAGGAACCCUUAAGAGAAGCAAAACAGAACUUUUCUACAUUAAUCUCAAAAUCAGUUUAGCUGAAAAAUGACAGGCAGAUAUAUAAAUUACUCAUAUAUAUACUGCAUAUACUGGUCAGGCGCAGUUCUCUUAUACACGGUCACAUUUGAUGUUGUCAAAAAUGUGCAACUUUAAGCUAACUGCCAUAUUUAAUUUUCUAGAUACAGUGACAUAAAAAAACAUGAUUAAAAGUUAAGUACAGGAAUAUAUCUGAAGUUUAUUUGGUUUUGUAUUUCUUUCCUGAAAAAAUAAACUUUUUAAUCUUCUUCCAUUUUCUUAAGAUUGAAUUAAGUUUAAGAGUUGAGUGUCUUUUCACACCUGCACGCCUGAUAGAAGUAUUGAAGUUUUCAGAAACUCAGCAGGACACCAAUUUCAUCAUAAAACAAAAAUAAUAUGAGCCUCAAAUGACGAACUUAAAUGGUGGAAAAAAUGCAUCAUUUAAGGAGAAUUUCAUAUUGUUAAGUUGGGAUGUUCAGAAGAGACUCAUUUCCUAUUCCAGUCAUUUACAUGGAAAUUCAUAUUUCAGCUGACCUGCAGUUCGAAAGGUCAGAGAAAAUAUUCAAAUAAAUCAUAUUUCAAUGUAUUCAUUUAUUCUGCAGAUAUAAUAAAGGUUGAAUAAAUGAAUAGAAUCCACCGUCAGGUAUCUGCUUUAACUCACCUCUCUCUGAGCUUUCUUGGCUUGUUUCUCCUCCAGCUUCUUCUGCUUCUUCGCUCCAACUUUCUUCAACGGCUCCACCUCCACCUCCACAUCCUCUUCACGUUCCUCCUCUGAAACUCAAAAAUCUCUCAGUUAAUGCACCUUUAAAAUGUCAUAAUUGGAUCUCAAUAUGGAUAUAAGGACACAAUGUUACACUGAAAGAGAAAGUAGUGUUGAUUAAUUUAAGCAGUUUUUACUAAAAGUAGUUAAACACCUCAUGAAGAAACAGAGUUCUAAGAGUCAGUGUUUACCUUGUUCAACAGCCGCUCUCUGUGGUCGUCGAUUGUCGACUGCUGCAGCGAGGUUCCUCCUCCUGCGGGGCAUCCCAGCUCCUCUGUCCUCUGCUGCUGCUGCCCGCUGAGGAGGUCCUGCCGCCCGGGCAACUUCUCUAUGCUGCUCCUCAUCAGCUAAGCACAGACAAGAAAGCGCAACAUCGCUCAGGCUACAUUGUCGACAUUAAAAUAAUUAUUCUAUUCAUGAAAUACUUUUUAAAACCACGAUUAACAAUUAGAAACAGUAAGUAUAGAUAAAAAAAACAAAGCAGUUAACAGUUCAAUCUAGAAUUGAGUUUAAAAUCCUCCUUAUGACAUAUAAAGCGCUUAACCAUCCAUCAUAUCUCAACAAGCUUGUUAUACCUUACUUUCCGUCUAGACCGUUACGCUCACAGUCUGCAGGUCUGCUCGUUGUACCAAAUGUCUCUAAAAGUAGUAUUGGAGGAAGAGCUUUCAGCUACCAGGCACCUCUUCUCUGGAAUCAUUUACUGCUCGAGGUUCGGGGGGCAGACACCCUCUCAAUUUUCAAGAGUAGACUUAAAACGUUCCUCUUUGAUAAAGCUUAUAGUCUGGGCUGAUUUGAACCAGCUCUUAGUUAUGCUGCCAUAGGUUUAGGUUCUGCUGUGGAACUGCCUGACCCCAGCCGCAUCGUCUAUGAUUGUCCACCUAAGGCCCUGAGCUCCUUCUUCUCUUGGGUUCCUCUGGACUGUCUCUCUCUGUCUCUCCCCCUCGUUCUCUAUUCUCUCUCCCUGCCUCUCUCUUAAUCAUUCUCUCUCUCCUUUCCUCUAUCUCAGUGGUUCUCAAGUCCAGUCCUUGAGGCCCACUGUCCUGCAUGUUUUGGAUGUUUCCCUGCUUCAACACACCUGAUUCAAAUGAUCAGCUCGUUAUCAAGCUCUGUAAUGGCUUAAUAACGAGCUGAUCAUUUGAAUCAGGUGAUACAAAAAACUCAGUAUGACAGAUUACAAAUACACAUAAAUAAAUAUUCAGCUUCAUCACAAGAACUUAGACAAUGAAAGUAAAAUUUAAAUAGUUAAAAGAUGCAAAUUUUACCUUCUCUCACGCUGACUGCAUGUACAGCAAAAUAUUUCAAGCUUCUUUGGUUUUAAUCUUGAGGACUUUGGCUUAGGGCUCAUGAUAAUAAAAAUUUCACUUCCAAGAGUAAUAAGAACAUUUCUUUUAUUUGAUCAAAAGAGGGACUUAAAAUACAGAAAAAGUUCAACUUAUUAAAAGUGUAUUUUUAUUCAUACAGCCAACACUUGGUUAGGAUCCCUUUACCAUGAAUUGCAUAAUUGUGUUUAAAUUAUAAUAGAAAUGAAAUAUUUUCAUUUGACUCUCCUGAUAUUAUUUUAUAACUUUCAUCAAAUAUUGUAAAGUUUUAAUGUGAAAUCAUCCCUUCCACUGAUCUGACUGAAAUUAUAAGGUAAAUACCUCCUAAAAUAACCCCAUAUUAGGACUGGGCAAUUAUAUGAUCGGGAUUAAUGAUCGGGAUGAAUUUCAGUUCGAUCACAGUGAUCAGCUGUGAGCAUAUUUACUCAAACAUAGCAAAAAUGUGCAUCACAACAGCCAAUCACUUCUGUAAGUUGCCGGACAAGUAAACAGAGUAACCGAACGUGGAGCUGAGGGCAGUAAAAUAGAUGUCAGCCCCUACUUUGAGUCAUCCUCCAAAGAUGUUAUUGUUGAGAAGAAAAGUUAUUUAACGUCUUGUUUAGUAUUUAUCUAUUUAUUUUUUAGUUUUUUUAGUUUUAAGUACAGAUGCGUUAAAACUAGCCGUUUAAAAAUAAAUCGGGAUAAUAUUUGAGAUCGGACAAUUUGACAAAGUAUAUCGUGAUCAUCUUUUUGGCCAUAUCGUCCAGUCCUACCCCAUAUGUCUCAUUUUUCCAUACAGAACAGCCCUACUUUACAUCAUGAUAUUUUUUAACACAUAAACACAAAGUUUUAUGUCAUAUUUUAACAUGAAAAAUAAUAAUAAUAACUAAAAAACAGACGUUAAUUCUGACCUGGAUGUUUUGGCGUUUGAGGCCCAAUGUCCCUCCGCAGUUUCCGUAGUUAGAUUGACAGCUGUUUGCUAACAGUCACUAAAACCUGCAUUUCUUUAAUAUCUGCCAGCUUUGAGGUAACUUAGUGUACCGUUUGCUCUCUUAGAGUCAUGGCAAAUAUGAAAACUUUGAGUGACUGAUCUAACGUUUGUAAAAAGUUGUAAAUAAAUAAACACCAGUUAGCUUAGCUCAGUGUUUCGCUCACCUUCUUGAGUUUUCCCCCGGAUCUUUACAGCAAACACGAUGAGGAUGAGGAGGACAGCAGCAGCGAUCAGAUACAGCGCGAUAUCCAUGGCUGUAAUGAAGAUAAACUCUUAUUUUAAUAAAAUAUUAUGUAGUACACGUCAGAGUUAGCUCACACACUCUUCUGAGAGGGCUGUCACUCUUCUUCUACGGUUUAUUAUUGCAGAGGAUUCUUCUUCUGGGUUUUUAAUUUGCAGUUAUUUUAUUUUUAAAUCGCCACCUACUGUUCAACAGAGGAAAAAUCACUUAGAAUAUGAUAGUGUGUAAAAAAAUAAAAAAUAUUCUUUAUCAAUAUCUGCUCAUUUAGAUUAAUAACAAAACCUUUUUUCGUAAUGAUAUUUGUUCUUCUAACGUAGUGAGUUAUAUAAACAUGUUUUUUCAUCCUUACAUUUACUCCAUUAUUUUUUUUACGAUUAUUCUCUCAGUGUUUUCCACAGAUUUUCCACUUUAAUAGCACUUUUAUGACUCCAUAGAUGGCUCAGAAGUGUUUCUGGGUCAUUCCAUGAAACUGGUGCCUUUUCAGCUUAAAAAAAAUAAUUUUAAACUAUAUUUAGUUGUUAAUUUAAUAAACAUAAACUUAACAAAAUACAAUUUUUUAAUUAGAAAAAUGCAAUAUAUGAUACAAAUAUUAGCAGUACUUUGGUGUCUCUUUCCAUUGAGAUUAUUUUAUUUUGUGGAUUUUUUUCUCCAAUUAGAUAUUUGUCAUUCAGAUGAUCAAAUAAUAUAUAUAAUUCUGCAUGGCGAUCAUGUCUCAACAUAUAUCAGAUAUUUUUUAGAAGAGAAAUGUUGAAAAAUGGCCCAGUCUAAAACAUAAUGUAAUAUAAAUUAUAAUGGUGAGUGUUGAAAGCCCAUUUGAGUUAUCAUCUUUUAUAUUUUUAUCAAAUUAAUGACAACAACAGGAUUGACGUCAUGGUAACAGGGCUGACAAGACUAAAAGUAACUGGACACAAAGUAACUGGAUCUCCACCGGCGUAUCAAUCAAUCAAUUGAUCAAAAAAUAAUUAUAAGCUCAAUAAUGUUCACUUGAUGACCUAAAAAUGUUUUAGUUUUAAAAGGUGAACUUUUAAGAGUACAACGAGGGUAAACACUAUUCUAUGUCAUCCCUGUGACUCACAUGUCUGUUACUGUGGAAAGGUAACAGGGUUGACAGUAACAAGGUUGACCAUUUUAAACGUAUCUGCCUGUAGCUAGCUUAAGUAAGUGCUAGUUUAAGUGCAAACUAGGUACUUUGAAAGGUAAUUACUUGUAGAUAUUGAUUAUUUUUUGAGAAAUAGAAAACUGUUUAUAUGUUCAAAAGUGGUAACAGGGUUGACGUUGUAUGCUUGUCCCCCCUGCUUAAACCUUGAAAAAACAUAAAAAAUAGCACAUUAGAGAUGAGAGAAACUUCAUUGUCACUGAGCUGUUAGCAUCCUGGCUCAGAGAGGAUGCAACCUCCUGUCAAUCAUGUCAAAUCUGGAAUGUACCAUUAUUUUUUUAGGGUUUUUUAGUUAGGGUAACAGGGUUGACAUGAAAUCAGGGGACGCCAAGAAAUUGGUAAAUAUUUAUAAUGAGUAAUAUAUAUUAUUGACAAAAACACUGUUUAACAAUAAAAUCAUACUUAAAACAAUAUGUCAAUGUGAAGUUUUUGCCAACAUUUUACAAAUUUAAAGUCCUGUAUAUGUACAACAAUAGUAGUGAGGGACAGGCCAAAAACCUCACCCUCAUUAGCAUAAAAGUAAUUUAUAUUAUUUAAAAUGUUAUUAAAUUGACUUUAAUUUGAUGUUAUAUUAAGGAAAGAAAACAUGGUAAUGUUAUAUUUUUAAAUUACAUAUUAAUUUGUUGUAAUAAAAUUAUCAUUAUUUUAUGAAUGAUUACUUCUUGGGGACACAAAAGGCACCGAUUUCAUGGAAUGACCCUUCUCUCUCUCAGUUUAAAGUGUUUGAUGAACAGAAAUGAUGCGACUCCUGCAGAUCUUAUUCAGUGAGCACAGCAGUCUGUCCUGCCUCCAGGUAUGACGCAGAGCAGGUUCAUGCUCACUAGAUGGCGCUGCAGGAGGAACCUUGACAGCUGAGAUGGACUGAUAGGAGUUUGUAAGCCUCUCUCUCAAAUACACACACGCUCGUACACACACUCACAUCCAUCAAGCCGGAGGGAAGGUCACAUUCACAGCAGCGUAGUCUCAGUAAUGACUUUUUUUCCACAGACAUCAUUACAGUAAAUCUAAAACUACACUGAUAAUACAAAGUGAGGACACAGCCAGAUGAACCUGCAGAGCUAUGAUGAAUCCUUCAACCUUCCUCUGCCUGGCACCAAGGCCAGCCAACAAGGGGGGACAAUGGGGGCAGUUGUCCUGGGCCACGGGUCACAGGGACCUCUAACAGUGAAAAGACAUACAGAAAAAUUUUUUAUUUAUUCAUUCCAAAUGUAUUUUAUUUGAGUCUCAAACAAAUAUCAUCAUUAUUUAUUUUGAAAAGAUCGAAGGUAAUCUAAGAAGGGGCUGAAGAGGCUACUCCAAUCACCUUAUCCUGGGCACAGGGAAACCUGUCAGCUGGCCUGGGAGUUAAAAAUAUAUUAUGAAGAAUGUUACAAAAGGGUGUUAGAAAGUGUGUCAUGAAAGUGUUGUGAUGGAUGUGAUAAACGGCUUAAAUUUCUUCUUCAUUGUGAUCAUUUUCAGAUAUUUAGGUCCUCUACAGAGAUUUUUUUUUUUUUUUUGUCUCAUUGGACUGUAGCUCCUGAGGGGAAAGGACGCAACAUAACACCCCGGUUUCAUGAUGUAACAAUUGUUAUUUAUUUAAUUCAACAGGAAAUAAUGAAGUGCUGUUUAACACGGCCAUUGACCAAUCAGCAGCUGGUCCCUGUACAGUCACACAUGCACACAGAUUUCCUGACAAAAAACUGCUUUAAACUGAGCCCUAAAAUCUACUGAAAACAUUUUAAAAGAUGAAAAUGAUUUCAAACAGCAGAGACUAAAAAUUAUAAUUCAAACUGCCUCACAAAUGAAGCUUUUUAAAAUGUAACACUUGAAAGCAAAGCCUGGAAAACUGACAUAAAUAAAUCCAAUCACUAUAAAACAAAAGAUACUUAAGUUUAGCUAAAAUCAGAUGUUUUAAGAGGCUGACUUUUACUGAAACAAGAAUGCUAGAUUUAAACAUAAAGUUUACAAGUACUUCAGAAAAUACUGGUUAUCUACUUUUACUUUUCUUCCUUUUAUAACUUUUUCAGGCGUUUCAGUCCAUGUAGAGGCCUUUUUAUUUUAUUUUAUUUUCUUGUCUUUUUAUUUCCGUGAGAGAUCUUUGAAAUGAAAGAUGAUACCCAGCUUCUUCUGUCCUUCCCUCCUGAUGACACAGCUGUUUCAACCUGAACCUCAUCAGGCCUCAGUGAUAUGGUCAUUCUUGGUCGUUCUUGGCAGUUUCACCACAGAUCUGGAUCCAGCUUGGAUCAAAUGACCUUGUGCCCAAUGAGUCGGUACACAAUCUGGGUGUCAUCAUUCACCUUUAAUAUUAAUGUGGCCUGGAUUUAUUCGUCAUGCAAGAGGAUCAGAUUCUACCUGACAGGGCACCCAGCACAGAUCCUGAUAGAGGCUCUUGUAUUAUCACACAUUAACUAUUCUUUAUUGGCAGGCCUCCCUGUGUACACAGUCAAACCUCUGCAGCGCCCUGUCUGGGUUUCCAGACAGGACAUCCACUAAACUAGCUUAUACACCUGCAGUCCCUCAUGCAGGUCUACCCUCCCUGCUGUCUAGUACACCAUGCCAAUGAAACGUGUCUGGUGCUUUCAUCACGACAAAGCCCUAAAGUCGCUAUGGGAAGACUCCUCUCCUCUGUUGUCUCCUGGUGGUGGAAUGAAAUACCAAACUCAACAGAGUCGAUCUCUCCUUUUAUGAAAAGUGAAAAGGUUUAACCUCUAAAGCCCUAAGCAUACUUUCAGGAAAAAACGCAAGACAUACCCAAAGUAAAUGAGGAAUUACUUCACUUUACUAAAGGUUACAUGCAUUUUCUUGGUGUCCUUGGAUAUCAAGAGACUUCAGAGAAUGUAUUCCAAGUGUCAGAAGGGUUGUAUCUGUCAUUAUGCCUGAGUAAAGUGGAAUAAACCAGAGGAAAAAUUAUGUUUUUUUACUCUUGCCAAAAUGUUUUCUUUUUUGACAGAGGAAAACACAAUGCUAGCAAUGAUUCCAUGCCCCCAGAUGCCAUUGAUUAGCUUCAUCCACUCCUUGACCACAAAUUUACCAAAUUUGAUAGAAUUUGGGUAAACAGUGAAGCCUCCAUGAAGGUUUUUGUAAGGACACACCCAGGCGAGAACUCAGUUUGGCACAAUUUGGCACAUUUUUAUGCCAAAUUGUGCCAGAUUAAAAUCGACAUAAAAAGGUAACGUUUGCACUAAAACAGACAUCCUAACCCAGUUUUGUGAACAUUAGAGUCUAAGCUUUGAUUGAGAAUUGUAAGUAAACACCGCUGUCAAGUUUCAAUACAUUUUUUUUUUAGCAGUUAUAGCGGAUUUAUAGCCGGUCAGGUGGAAGGAGUUGAGAGAAAGUUCAUCUUGUGUCUCCCACGUCUGCUAAAUGACAUUACACAUGAAUUUUCCAUCUUUUAAAUGUGAAUUAUUUCUCAAUCUUGCCUUGUUUUUUUUUUUUUGCUGCACCUUUGCAAUAAGGUUUCCAAAAGUCUUUAUUGUUGUUAUUAUUACAGGACUUCAAGGAUAUUUUGUUCAAACAAAAACGCUGACAUUUCUCUUAAAGAUUUUUGUCCAGUUUUGUUUAAAUAAUAAUAAAAAGUGUGGGUAAGGACUGUAAAAAUUCCUGAGAUACUGGAUUUGAAGGAUGAUAAAAAAAAAAGCUCCUGGUAUAGGAGGGCUGGAGUGAAAUGGGUUCAUGAUGACACAUCAGGUCUGACUGUGGGAUAAUAAUAAAGUGCCGUGAGCUCAUUCUCCUCUCGUGCAGCAGCAGCAGGAGGCGGAGGAAUGUCGCAGUCAGCAUUUCUCUCCGUCAGAGAACAGCAGGAACGUAAGAACGAGUGAAAAGUGAGGACGAGAUAAUCAUUUAAUCCUCCUCUCUCCCUCUCUUUCUGAAGGGUAGGAGGCUCUGCUGGCUCUGGCGGUACUUUUCCGUCAUUGGUGACAUCUGGAGGACACAGCCUCCUCCUGCAACAUGAAACCUUACUCUGUCUCAUUUCUGACUGCGUGUGCAUGUUGUACAUAUUCCAUGUUGUGCAUGGAAAUGUUCUGUUGCUACUAAUAACAGAUUUCAUGCUGGUGGAGGAAGAGUAUGUGUGUAUGUGGCUGCAGAAUCUUCACUCUGGAUGUUAAAAUGAGAGUGCAGCAUGAUCGGAAAGAUUCAUUUUACACAUCUGUCCUCAUUUGUCCUCUGCUCUGUAUCUUUAAGAUGUCUGAGUCUGCAGAGAAACAUGGUCACAAUCAUCCAAAACAGAAUUCUCAUAAUCAUCUACCUGCCAGGUGCUGUUUCAGAGCAUGCACAGGAUGCAUGUACAGUCCAAAGUUGAAGGUGAGCCCUCAGAGGACACUCCAACUUGCCGCAGUCCUCAUUUCCUGGUUUACCACUCAGGUGAUCUACAAGGGGGCGGAGUUUAAUGCAGUGAAAAACUGCAACGUCGAAUCGAGAACAUGACUGAUGACAAACCUCCAGAGGUCAGUGUGGCUUCAGUCCCACGUGAGGUGAGCAGAGAACAGGAGGGGUGCAGGUGUAGCAGGGAGGAUGCUGUCGUGCAGAUGCAAAGAGGAAGUAGUAGUAGUAAGAAGAGGAGGAGGAGGAGGGGAGCACAGACAGGAAGAGGAAGGCAUAGAGAGCUGCAAUGUUCUGCAGGGACAAGGUGACUCCUCUGCAGGCAGGACGGAGCUGCACGAGCGAGCAGAGUCCACGGUCACCUGGAGAGUCAGAGUGAAACUUUGCUUCUUACAUACUUAACUCAGGCAGACGACUUUAAAAGACCGAGGGGAAAGACAGUGCUGAAUAAACUUUAUUUUAAUCUGAAAUAUUACAGUAUUUAAGUUAAACUGUCCCUCUAAAGGACAUCUGUGUCUGUGCAAUGCAAAACCCUCUCCUCACCUCUUCCAAAACUUUCAAACUGAAACUUCAAACCAAAUUAUGACUCAAAGUUCUUCCCAUCACUCUCAGACAUUUACACUUCUUUUUUUUGAGAAGUUUUGACAUAUUCAUCGAUAUAUUUAGAAUCAAAUGUUACGUAUCUCAAGCCUCUGUCAGCUACAAACCUUUAGUGAAGACCAAAAAUUAGAAAAGGCUCCGAGAUGAGAGACCCAGAGUACAAAAAUGCUGACUCACUUAGCAAAAACACAGUGAGGUUACAUCUCCUCUGCAGAAGUAUCUCAUUAUGUAUGUCUAAUUAACAGCUCAGGACAAUUUCAGGCAUGCUGCUGCUUGAGGGACACAUAAAGACUGUUGACAGGUAAGAUGAGAAACCAUAAAUGUAGAGUUAAUAUCCUCUAAACCUCGUUAAAACUCGUUUAAAGAGUCAUUGUCAGUCAUUCAAACAGAAUCACAUUUGGCCCAGUUUUAACUCUUCAGUGCAGUCAUGUGAUGCUGCCAACCCGUAACAAAACCAUGAAAAACUCAGACCACAAUGAGGCCGACACAGUGAGGCACCCUGACUGUUUACAAAAAUGAAGUCUUAAAAUGGAUUGUUAGAGUCAACUGAAGUUACUAAGGUCGUGUUCACGCCUAAAGGUCCGUUUCCUGAUUCGAAUCCAAUCCACCUUGGACAAGUCACCAUUUUACCGCAGGGCUGAUAUAUAGAGACAAACAACCAUCCACAUUCACACCAACAGGCAAUUUGAAAGUGGCCAAUUAACCUAACCCCACUUCUGCAUGUUUUUGGGAUGUGGGAGGAAACCAGAGUACCCGGAGUAAACCCACGCAGACACAGGGAGAACAUGCAAACUCCACACAGAAACGCCCUGGCCCGGAUUCAAACCCAGGACCUUCUUGUUGUGAGGCGACAGUGCUAACCACUACACCACUGUGCCCCUCUUUAAUUGGACAGUCUUUGUAAAAACACCAAUAGGUUAAUUAUUCUUAUAGGAUUAUUAUUUUUUAUUUUAUAAGUAUUUGUUUUUGGCAAUUUUUGUCUUUAUUGAUAGGACAAGUGAUGGAUGGAAGUAUGGUGAGAUAGAGAGGAGGAAGGACAUGCAGCACAUGGUCAGGGCCAGACUCAAAUCUGCGACCGCUGUAGGGGCCAUGGUCCCCAUAUGUGGGGUGUGCUAGCCCGCUUGGCCAUCACACCUAAUCGUAUAGGAUUUUUGACAGAGACUUAGCACCUAAGUGGACUUAUUGAUUCAAAAGUUGGUCUUUUGGGGAGUUCUUGAGAGAUAUUAUGGUUCUUCUAGAGAAACAAAUUUAGCCCUCUGAACUAGCUCUUGACUUUUGACUAUGUUCUUUGAGAUAUCUCAUGUUGUUUUCAGGAUUUUUUCAAAGGGACUUUUGAUGUGUUAUUUAUCUUUUCAGAAACACUUGAGAUAUUCUGAAAUUUUUAUUUGUUUUAGAGAAAUUUUGGUCCAAUAUGAGCAUAAAAAAAGCUCCACUUAAAACCUACAAAACCAAAUGAAGUGAGUCCACAGUACAUAAACUCAUUGAAUCUCCACAGAUUAAUCUCUGCCCACCUGAUAAUUGACCACAAAGCAUACGGCCAUUUUCCACAGGUGAGAGCAGACAGGUGAAGGGCAGGCUGGAGGCAGAUUGUCCUCCUCUGAAGACAGACUCUGUUGACAGUGAGUGCAGCUGACCGCUGAUCCGUAGAGACAGGUUUGUUGUCGUCACAACAAAAGCUGAUGACGCUCUCUACAACUCUGAUGCAUCUACAACCUUCCUGUUGGUUAAACAGACGGGUAGAUCAUACAAAUAGAGUCCAGAGAGAACAUCCCAGUCCUUCCUGUCCCAAACUAAAAUUCGGUUGAGCACUUUGACAUCAAUGCAGCUAAUCUCAUAGUCAACUUCAGAGGGUAUGGGUUUUAGGGUAAAGUCACAAUUCUUUUGAACUUUUGUUUUAACCAGCAUGCCUAAAGUCAGAUUUCUAUCUCACAGAAAGCCCUUUGCUAAGACUUUUAUCCUGUAGGGGCAUCUACGGAGCACCUUGUUUACUUUUCAAUUGCUGGAAGGGUUCCUGGGGGCACUUUGUUAACAUUUUGGCCCAUUGAAAGUCAACUAGAAGGCAUUUUCCUAAGACUUUUAGGAAAGACUAGAGGGGGGCACUUUUCUUUGUUCACAUAUUUUUCUAUGGAAAGGCUUACAGAACGCACUUCCAUACUGUCAAGACUUCUAGAGGGCACUUUGUCUACAUUUUAGCCACACAAAUAGGUAUUUGGUACUCUUUUCUGCUCGAUUUUCUGCUUUUUCCUAAUCCUGUGAAUACAUAACGGUACUGAUAUAAAGGAAAAACCUGUCAGCCAAGUGUCAGACUGCGGCUUCCUCUAAGUCUGACACUAUAUAUGUAAAUGAGUUCUCAGUGAUCUAGUUUGACAGCUCUGUGCUUUAGACUAUAAUUUUCCUCCCUCAGUCCUCAACUCGGGCUGUUAAUGGUUGUGUGAUUUUAAUGACUGCAGGUCAGAUCGGCUGAGACUCUCAGGGCGUGUGUGUGCUACUUUCACCUUGUGCUUCAAGGACGUCAUGGCUUCAGUCAAACUCACAGAGUUUCCUUUGUCCCUCAUGUUUGUCCUGAUCCUCCGCUCUACCUUUCAGCAGGUGUUCAUAUGAGCUCCAUGAAUCUGUGACACUCACAGAGGACUCUGCCUUUAAGAUUCAGGGAGGAAACACUUCAGACAAUGUCAAACAGUCAGUGUUAAAAGAGGCAGAAGCUCUGCAUAUAAUGUCCUCUGAGAGAAAGUUUCACCACAUUGCAGUCUUUUAACAGACUUCUAAUCAAGAGAAAUCACACAAUCCCUAUUAGAUAUGGCAUCUUAAACACAAACUUCAGAUUACAAGAAGGAACAGAAGUUGAUAAAAUCUGCACAUUCAGCGUGAAGUCCAGUCUUUGAAACUCUCUUCCUGGUAGAACACUUGACUAUUUAAACACCGUGUAUUUUAUUACCCUUCAGUUUGCAUGCCUUUGGAAAGAAACGCCACUUC